AUGCCAUCCCCACUCCCAGCGCUCACUCUCGACCCGUACCCUGCCGGGCUUGAGCAUCGAGCUGUAAGUGGGACGGUCCAACGGCGGCUGCGGCUGAGUGAGACGAUGUGGAGGCUAAACGGACGCUGUCCGAGUCCGUCCAUCCGCAAGAGAUGUCGGCACGUGAAUCGACCUGCCGCGCGCCCCACGAUCGCGUGGCCCAGCAGCCGCAACGGGCUCCAGCGACACGUAAAGAACAUCGACGGAGGGGCGAAGGAUGGUUGCAGCGAUGAUCGUAACGAAGGCGUGGACGCGAACACGGGGGUGAUAAACCCCGGACGCAGACAGGCUCAGUCUACUGCAACCAGGGUGUCGCGACCUGGACGCCUGCAAACAGCUGAGAGCUUUGCCCAAGGCGGGCAGUAUGCGAACGCGACUGGCAUGCAGACGCGAUCAUCCGCGCAAUCGAUCCUGACCGUGGAUUCAAUCUCCCAGCAGCGCUUCCAGUUUGCAGAGUACCGCCAUCCGGACCAGCUAGUCACGCUUGCGCCCGUGCCGUCAACGUACACCGCGACGGGCAGCACGCCGACGAGCGAUAUCAACAGCUUCUCGUCGUCGCCCGUUUCGUGGGGUGCAGACCAGAGCCCAGAUGCAGAGCUCGACGCGCAAGCAGGGGAGUGCAACGAAGCCGGCGAGCCAGAAGACGCGUGA